UCUUCCACAACAUUUUGUUGAUGUUUUCCCCAAUUUCUAUUCCAAGAUAGAGCCUUCUCUUCAAAUUCCUCCUACUGUUUGGUGAAAUGUACCUUAACUUCUCUUUUGUUGCUUUUCAUAGCAUAUACACAUACAUUUGUCAGUAGCAGGGCGAUAACAGAAAAGUGUUGGACUGCUCUUUUAAGAAAAGAACGAAGCUUGAAGAAAGAUACUUUGUUUUUUGGAUCAUUAAACUCAAAGAAUGACGUGAACUUUUUGUGAUGUUUUCACAAAUUUUUAUGCCAACAUUGGACCCUUCUCUUCAAAUUCCUCCUACUGUUUGGUGAAAUUUGUCAGUAGCAGGGCGUAACAGAAACGUGUUGGACGACGACGAGGUUUUCUGGGGACUGAAUAGAUUCCUUAGUCGAGCUUUUCUGGUCUCAAUUAUUUCAAAGUAAAAUGUCAAUUCGAACAAACAAAAUGAAAGCUAUAAGUGUGUUGAUGAAACAAUUGANGACAUCAAGGAGGAAAUUCCAUGAAAGAGGAAGAGAUGAAUCAUUUGAUGGGCAAUUGGAGAAGUUGCGGUUGGUUCUGAACAAUAUAAAGGAUGUGUUUGUGGAAGUGAAGAAGAAUGAAGAAAAAUUGCUUGACACAUUAGCAGAGGUGUAUGACUAUCUUCACAGGUUAGACCGCAGGAAGCUGCAUCAAGACAUGCAUAGCAUUUGCGAGAGAAUCAGAGAUUCUGCUCGCAAUUUGCUCCCAACGCUUGUUUUUGAUGAGUCAUAUAAGGAGGAGGAUNACAGGGGUGNCAAAAUAUCUCNCUCAUCACAAGAGUUGGUGCANNNCCAUCAGAAGNAGAGUUGGACUGCGGAAGAUUUUNACCUGCAAGAUGUUCGAUUAAAAGCUUGCUUGUUACGUCUCCUAAUUUUUCCUGAGAACGCUAUCAUAAGGAAAAGAAAUGCAAUUAAUUUGUGGAUUGCUGAGGGUUUGAUUGAAAAUACAGAGAAGAAAACAGAGGAACUGGAUGAGGACGUGGGUUUGAUUGAAAAUACAGAGAAGAAAACAGCAGAGGAAUUGGGUGAAGAUGUGGUUGAUAAUCUUUUGGAAUCUAAUAUAAUUGUACGCUACGGUAGUACAAAGGAUCCCCGUGUCAAUAAAUUUCAAAUUCCUACUGACAUCCGUAGUCAGUUGAAGUUAUAUUUAGAUGGAGAUUUAAAGUCUAUUAGACCAUCCUGGUUACUGNUUGAUAGAAAAAANGUUACAAUAGNUACAAAAAAUGUUUCUUUACGUAAUAUUUUCAAUAUUGGUGCAAGUUAUCUGAAUUUUAAACCGCAAUGGGUCACUGAAUUGAAGAAUUUAGAGGUGCUUCAACUUGGGCGUUGGCAAGAUUCUCCUUUGCAUCAUAUUGAAGUUGGGAGUGAAGAAUUCUUGAAAGAGUUGAGAACUCUGAAGCAGUUGAAAUAUCUGAGUCUUCGUGGGAUAUCAAGAAUAUUCGAGCUUCCAUCCUCCAUUGCUGAACUUGAGAGUCUAGUAAUUCUUGAUCUGAAAGCAUGUCAUAAUUUGGAAAGACUACCUGAUGAUAUUUCGUCAAUGAAAAGUCUGACACAUCUGAUUAUGUCCGAUUGUUGCUUACUGGAAGGCAUGCCAAAGGGGAUUGAGAAGCUCACUAAUCUGCAAGUCCUCAAGGGAUUUUUAAUAACUACUUCUGAAAAGACUCCUUGCACAAUAUCGGAUCUUGCUGAGAAUUUGAUAGAACUAAAGCGACUCAGCAUACGUAUAGGAAGUGAGAACGUGAUCAUGGAUGAAGAGUUUAAAAGUUUGAAAAAUUUUAAAAAACUGAAGCAUCUGAAAAUAUCUUGGAGUGGGUCUUACCCAAGGUAUGCUAAAAUUCCUAUCAUUUUGCCACUACAUUUGAGAAAGUUGCAUCUUGAAUGUUUUCCAGGAAAGAGUUUGAAAGAAGUUUUGACAUCUUCUCAAGUUUACUUUUUAAAACCACCUGCGAUAAGUGAGCUAAAUAUAACUGGAGGAAAAGUGGAAAGUAUGACGCCAAGUUUCUUACAAAGGUUGCCCGUGUACAUAUUGCGUCUAAAGUACCUUAAGCAAUUGAAUGUCGGCAUAGACUAUUUGAAAGUAUGCUUUCCUGAGCUGAAAUAUGUAGAAAUUAAACAAAUCUCAAACCAUUCAUACAUUGUGCGUAAAUAUGAAGAUUAUAUUGAUUUGAAUAGGUUGCUGAAUGAAGAGUGGUGAACUAUAUGUGGUAAAAGUUGUGUAUACUUAUUUUGUUCUCUCAAUAGUUGUUAUUUACAUAAUGUUAU